CAAGCCCGCGGUAGCGGGCGCCCCCGCGGCGCGCGGAGGGCGGGCCUCCAUGUUAGGACGCAGCUCCCUGGAUGUUCAACCUCCCGGGGUUUGCCUCCUGGUCAAUGGCCGCGGCGCCGAGUGCCUCUGGCGGAGCGGCGGCGGAGCUGCUGCGGGAGGCGGCGGCGGAGGCGGCGCGCGGGGAUGCCCUGCUGGCCGCCCUGGAGCGGCGGCGGCUGGAGCUGCGCGGGGGCUCGCCGGACAGCGGCCGCGGGCGCCCGCACGUCCUCUACAAGGCCGUCGCGCGCGUGGCGGCGAGCGGCCCUGGCGGCGCCCAGGGGCGCCUCGUGUCCGUGUUCGACGGCGCCACCGAGUACCGCUUGGGGGUGCCCACCGGCGGCGCGGCGCCGUGCGGCGGCGGCGAGCUGGGAGCCGAGGGCGCGCCGGGCGGUGGCGGCGGCGAGCUGUUGGCCGAGGGCGGCGCGGGGGGGCGCUACUUCGCCUACGCCACGGUGGAGGAGGCAGUCGCGUGCCCCUUCCCGUCUUGCUCGCGCCUGGCACCGGGCCGCGAGGGCUCUGCGGCGGCGUCCCUGGUCAUAUUGCAGGUGGCCGGCCUGGGCCCCCCCCGCCACCACGGCCGCGGCAAGCUCAGCUUCCCGCAGCUCCUGCCGCUCGCCGUGGUUCCCGGCAAGGUGUGGCGCGGGCCCGCGCGCUGGCGGCGGUAGCACUGGCCGCGCCCGCCGCGGGGCCGAAGUCGAGCCCGCCCCGCGCGCGGACGGCCUCCUCCCUCGUGGGCGCGCCGCGCGCGCCGUGGCCGUGGUGGCGUGAGGAGGG